AUGUGACGUGCAUUCUAGCCAGAUUUUUUGAAGUUUUAAAAUUGCUGCCAAUUUUAUGUGAGCAGCGAAUUAGCAUUUAGGUCGCUUAUGAGAUCUCUGCAGUUUAGAUAAUUAAGUCAGUGGGUUCAAGGUCAAAUACUCAUCUACUGAAAUGUAUAAUUUGUUUUACAGUGUGAUUCUUGUGGUCCUGCUGAUGGCCGGAAGUUCCAGGGCCUACUUCAGCUUCCAGAAAGAGCUCCCCAACGGUAACAACGUCAUUCACCCCUGUAAGGUCAACUACCGGUGGCCUGGGGUGGGGCACGAGAACCCCUAUGGAGGGGGCGCCAGGAACCCGUUCGGCGAAGCCUUCAAAAACAGCGGCUAUAAGUGGACAAAAGAAUUGUGUUCUCAAGACUCGGAUGGGGACGGGCGAACCAAUGGUCAAGAGCUUGGUGACCCAAGCUGUAUCUGGGCACCCGGGGAGCGUCCAUUUCGCCUGGAUUCGAUCACACACCCAGGUGUGUGUGAACCUAUCAACUCCACCCAAUGUCUAGGACGGAACAGUUUCCUCGACUGCCAUUUGAAAAGUUUUGACGACUGUAACAGAACGAGACAGCCAGAUGUGAAGAACCUCACGAUGAGGUUUCCGAGAACUUUGUUGCCCUCUGACGACACGAGCUACUUUUGUAUGAACUUUGACCUCCCGGCUGACCAGGACUACCACAUCAUCGCUAACGAGCCGGUACUGGACAACAUGAACGUCAUGCAUCACAUCCUGAUGUUCGGCUGUGUGGAUGGGAGCAAGGCGAACUACACAAAGCCCGGCUCCUGUGGCAUGACGGCCCAAGCUAUCGGCUGCUACGAUAUCCUGGGGACAUGGACCGUCGGCUCACCUGGCAACUGUCUGCCUGACAACGUCGGCUACCGUUUCGGGAUGACGUCAUUCAAGCGGGUCUUGAUACAGGUCCAUUGGAACAACCCCCAGUUCGUACCGGACUACUACGACUCCAGCGGGCUGAGGAUCUACUACCAGCCGGUCAACCCAGCGGUCAAUGACCUGGUGAUGAUGCCGGUUGGACAGAACAUUCUAGAGAUCCCACCAGGUCAGUCAAGCGUGACCCAGUCGGGGGUGUGCCCCGGGAGUUGUAUGUCUAUGAUCAUCUCUAAACCCGUCUACGUGGUUCAAGGUCUCAACCACAUGCAUUACCUAGGCCGCAGUGGUCGUGUGGAACAGUACAGGAACGGUACCAAGGUCACCGACCUGACCAAUGAUGAGAUGUACAGCUACGACAACCCUACCAUCCAUGACCACUCCCCUCCCCUGGAGAUCCGGCCCGGGGACGAGCUGAAAACGACGUGUGUGUUCAACUCCCUCUCCUCCAACCGUUACGUGUACUUUGGUGAGGCCACACAGGACGAAAUGUGCCUGGGGUUUCUGACCGUCUACUCGGCCAGCGCCUUCAAGAAAAUUAAAGACUGUGUUCAGGUUGGCCCUGUGUCUUCCUGCGACAGAAAUGUAGGCAAAUCCGUGGCCGGCUGUGAUUGGAUGAAAUUUGCGACCUUCACGGAUAUGACCUCACUAUCUUACCUCCAGAGGCUGGAGAACAGCUGCACGUUGGAUGGCGUGUGCCGAGCUCAAUGUCGGGAGGUCCACGCUGAGAUAGCUCAGCAUCCUUGCAUGAGCGGAGACAUCGCGAGUUACGUCAACUUGAUCUUGAGCAGGACCGACAAUGGUCUCAAAUUCCUGGGGAGGUUUCAUUCAUGCAGUGGGAAGAUCGAAGACAGAGUGGAAUGUUCUGGAAAAACAUGUCCUUGUUGA